CUCUGUCAGGAUCGGUCGCUUUUUUCGGGAAUUGCGCAAAACCUUCGUUUGGUUAACGUUUGGCCCAAACGGACACGUGCGUAUUCUUGGUUAGUUUUUUUUUGUUAGUGCAGCAGUUCGUUAAAAGUGUGAAAAGGUGAAAAGGAAAACUUUUCGGAAAAGUUCAAAUUUUGUCCGCCUUUUUUGCUCGUUGAAUUGAACAACGUACGGCCGUUUGCUGCCUGGCAGAUUCAGACGGAUCUCAUUCCUAUACAGUUUUAAUUAGAGGACCAUUAAGCACAGAACGCGCACGGAGACGGAAAUUUACUGUCGCGCCAAGUUGCUACUUAACGACGACGUGUGCCGAGAAGUGGAAAAUCUCGUUUUAAAAGUCCCUAAACAGUCGUAAAGUGCGGUGAUUGAACCGGUCAACCGGAAAAGUUUUGUGCGAAAAGGUUGUACAAACCAGCAGCCCCCUCCUUGUCAAAAAAAAGGAAAAAUCUUAAAUGUUACAACCGAAUUGGGGAUGAUUUUUUGUCGGUUGGAGUCACGUUCUUGAAAAAAAAAAGUGUUAUAAACAGAGAUUUUUAUCGCCCUUAUUUCGUCUGUUGGUUUUCGCUUCUGUUGUAGGGCUGUUGAGUGCAAAUUUAUUGCAAUUGUUGGAUGUCGUGAAGCGGUGGUGCUAGUAAAGCAUCAAUUAUUGCCGGCUGGAGUCCGGACGACACGAAUCACGUGGGAAGUCGGGAAUUGAGCAACAAUUCCGAAAAAAAAUCUCAAGGAUUCAAAAUGCUUCGUUUCGGGCUGUUGAAAUAUCGAAAGCUGAAUAACAGCGCCGUUUCGGGCGCGGAAUCGGAAAACGAAUCGACGGCUGGUGCCAAUGGGAAUCCUCAACAGCAUCGGAUGAUAGUGACAUCGACACCUGUGAGGCAGCAACACCCGGACCAGAUCCACAAUCAGCUCAACUCGGGAGGCGUGAUGAAAAAUACCAACAGCUCGCAGGCUGCAACGGAUUCCCCAACAAAGAACGACGACAGUGUCUCGAAGACUGCAAAGUCCCUGUCGGAUGAAAAUACACCCGCCCUAUCGACAGAUGCCAGCGAAGAGUCGAAGAAAAGUUCCACGCGUCUGUGUCAGCCUUCCACCACCACAAUCCUGAUGAUGACCCACCUCACGUCCUCUGCCAAUAAUUACAAAGCACUCGGUUCGGAUCAACCGCAGCCCACCCCCAAAAAGCGCACCACGCCAACGAGCGCCGCCCACAACUGCAAGACUCGCAUCUACAAGUGUAUCAAGCGGAUCCUGAAACGAAACAACUUUGCCAAAGACCAACACAAAGUUUACCCACAACAGCAAGAACCACAUCAACACCAGCAGGUGCAGGAUAAAUCAAAGGUUGACUAUCGGGAGAUUAAGAGCUUGCUCGAGAAGGAAAAAUGCUCCCUGGACUACGACGUGAACCUGGCCAAGUGUGUGGACAAGCCGGCCCUGAUUAAGAAAAUCGCACUGAAUUUACUGAAAUCAGCGGAAGAUGAGGGACGUUCUCUGGUGGUGGCGUCAGCAGCACCGGAGCACCUCUCGGAAACCACUUCGGUUCUCAGCGAUCUGGAACAGGAACGGGAAUACCAAAGGCUCUGCUGCGAACCUUGGUAUCAUGAGUAUUUGCCUCAUGAUUUUUCCCUGGACACCAUCCUGUGCCGAACGCCCGGAAACUUCCUGGUCCGCAAGAGCAACACUCACCCGGAUUGUUACGCCCUAUCCCUGCAAACGCCGAAUCCGAACAGCAAAAUCCAACACUAUCGGAUCAUCCGAACGGCAACCCAAGGAUUCCAAAUCAAGGGAUUCCACAAAGAGUUCUCCACCCUGAGAGCGCUCGUAGUCCAUCACUCGGUCAUGCCGGAAGCACUUCCGAUCGCCCUAGCAGUGCCGCGACCCACCAACAUCGCCGUGAAAACCAAAUGUGAAGACGACUAUGACACCGUCUUUGGCCUAUCGGAAUCGGCCCUGGCGUAGGGAGUACCCGAUUGCUCAAAACUGUACCCACUAAUUAGCCAACAUACACACACGUGAAGGACGGACGUCACACACAGUUAGUUAUUAACUAUUAUUCUCCUAUUAGGGAACUUGUACCAAAAACUAAAACUAGAAAGAAAGGAAAAACUAAAACGGAAAACCUUAUUGUUACCUAGUAAUUGCCUAAGCCUAUUAUUAAAAACUAAACACAAACUACACUCAUGUAUAGGGGAAAAUAUAAAUUAUUUAAAAGGAAUCUAUCAAAAC